AUGAACAAAUUAAAUAAAAAUCAUCCUCGUGAAAAUUCAUUUAUGAAAUUUGAACUUCGCCAUAAUCAAACAUUUACAAUUUGUUUACACGAUGAAAUUAUUAGAAUUGAACAAAAGAUUCACACGCAAGUGCAUUAUAGUAGCGAUUGUCGUGGUGAUCGCACUCGUGUUUUUCUCUGUUUGUCUGUGGCGACUGCUGCGACGACAGCAUAG